AAACCCCUCAAAUCCUAAUCAUGUCGGCUGUUCAACCUUUGAGAAGAGGUCUUCACCUCGUGGCAUCGCGAUCCGUCGCCACCAGCGGUCCCCUGGCGGCCAAUGCCUCCGUCCAAUUGCUUGCUCGGCAGCAACGGACGUCAUCGCGUCUCCCCGCGGUGGGACGUUCGCUUGCCCCUCGUCCGUGGGGAGCGCCCGCACUCUCCCAGCAAGGCGCAGUCCGUCAUUAUGCUUCCCCCUCCACUCCGUUGAGGAAGACACAGCUGUAUGACCUGCAUGUGGCACAUGGCGGCAAGAUGGUGCCCUUUGGCGGGUUUUCCAUGCCCCUGCAGUACUCGGACCUCAGCCAUGUUGAGAGUCAUAUGUGGACUCGUGAGAAGGCCAGUGUCUUUGACGUUAGCCACAUGGUGCAGCAUCAACUUUCCGGUCCCGGUGCGAUGGAUCUCCUGAUGAAGGUGUCGCCCUCGUCCCUGGACAAGCUGAAGGAAAACACGUCUACGCUGUCGUGUCUGCUGGAGGAUGGCACGGGCGGUAUCGUCGAUGACUGCGUCAUCACCCGCCGCUCUGCCGACACCUUCUAUUUCGUCACCAACGCCGGCCGCCGCGACGAAGAUCUUGCCUUCCUGGAGGCCGAGAUUUCGGCCUACAAGGCCGCGCACGGCCCCGACAGCCUGAAGUGGGAGAUCCUCGAGAACCGCGGCUUGGUCGCUCUGCAGGGCCCGCUGGCCGCCUCCGUUCUGCAGGCCCACGCCGUCGACACCGACCUCAGCACCCUCUACUUCGGCAACUGCCGCGAGAUCCACCUCACGCUGCCCGGGGGCGAGCAGACCGCUGAGCCGCUCCUUGUGUCGCGCACCGGCUACACCGGCGAAGACGGCUUCGAGAUUUCGAUCCCCACGGCGAAGGACGCCAGUCUGCCCCAGAAGGUCACGGAGCUGCUGCUGGCCGACCCGGCCCAAGUGCGCCUGGCCGGUCUGGCGGCGCGCGACUCUCUCCGUCUUGAGGCCGGUAUGUGCCUCUACGGCAGCGACAUCUCGACGUCGCAGACGCCCCCCGGCGCCAGUCUGGGCUGGGUGGUCGGCAAGGACCGCCGCGACCCGGCGGCCAAGCCGUUCAACGGCGCGGCUACGAUCCGGCCCCAGCUCGCCUCCCCGGCCAAGACGCUCUCGCAGCGUCGCGUCGGCUUCACGGUCGAGAAGGGCCCGCCGGCGCGCGAGGGCGCCUUCCUGGUCGACCUGAACGACGAGUCGCGGACGCCGAUCGGCGUGAUCACGUCGGGUCUGCCGAGCCCCUCGCUGGGCGGGACCAACAUCGCCAUGGGGUACGUGAAGAACGGGAUGCAUAAGAAGGGCACCGAAGUCGGGGUGGUUGUGCGGAACAAGGUGCGCAAGGCCGUGGUGACGGCAAUGCCGUGGAUUGAGAGCAAGUUCUACCGUCCCAAGGCAUGAUCUAUUUUCUUUUCUUUUCUUUUUUUUCUUUCUUCCGGUUUAGAACGAAGUCCCGCAUGUACAUAUAGUUAUACGACCUUUUAGCGACGGCAGAAUUUGAUU